AUGGCUCUGGAUUCCGCAGAAGCUAUCAGCAAGUAUCUUCGCUCUAAAUCUAUAACGACCGAUGAGCUCUGUGAUGUGUGCCAAGAUCUUGAAGCAGGCCGGUACUCGGUCUUCUUCCCCAGCGCCCACAUCUUCGUGCUCGAACUGAUCAUCGACCGUUGGAAUGACCCUAAGCACGAAUCGUACAGGACGAACUGGCGGGUGUGGGAUUUAUUUAACAGGAUGUGGCAGCGGGUUGAGCAGGAAGAUCAUAAGAAGCGGCUGUCCAAACGGCUGCGCUUCAGCGUUGUGCUGCUGCAAGGUAUUGAGAGCGUUAAGCAGGACUACGACAGCUUUUCGAAAGCUGUGCUAGAGACUAUGCAGCUCAUAAAUAGCACAUCUGCCAUCCAUUGCAGCGUUGAGACGGCUAUGAAGCUGCUCGGAGAGACGGUAAACUUGUUAAAUCGAUGCGAUGGGACGGACGCCAGCGGCCGGCGUGCGAUGUUAAAUGAAUUGCUAACGCUAUCGAAUAUUGAGAGCGUGGCAGACGUCGGGUCUAAGAUAGCAACAUUGUACUCGGGCCAUUUACUUUCCCCCACGUUGACGUACAUGCAACUUUAUGGCGGACCCGACAGCAAUGAUGCGGGAAGUAACAUUCUCCGUAAGUUAAUGUCGAAGUUUUUAUAUGGCCCUAGCGUAAUACCAUUGCGGCAUAUUGAGAAAUUCCUAAGCGACUACGAGCUUCCAAAAGAACAAGUACAAGUUUUCUUUCGAACCACCAUACAGUUUUUGUCCAGCAGCGACUUUGCUACGCUUGAAAGUAUCUUCAAAAUUUUAUUGAAGAUAGCACCUGAAAUGUCAGCCGCUAUGCUGCACGAUCUUUCUUUGGAGAAGAAGACUAUGUCCCAAGAAUUCCUUGAGAAUAUGUUUAAUGAAGCCUUUUCCCAAGAAAACUGGGCGCUAGUGGCAAAUGUGCUUAUAUUAGACGUCGAUGUUGGAAUCAAAAAUGCGCAGAAGAUACUAAACGUCUUAAGCCAGGGAAAAAUAAAUGGCCAUCUCAUUAAUAUGUGGAAAGCUUUGAUUGAUUGUCAUGUAAUAGCUCGUGAAUUCCCCCAGUUCUUAGAAAAAUGGAAAAGUCACUGCUCUCAGAGUAGCUGUAAAGUGCUUUUAGAAAAUGAACAGUACUAUGCGGUGGUUGCAGGAAAUAUACCGCUUCUAUCGGUUUCUCAAAUUAGAGAUUUGCUGGAAGAACUUCUGGACCAGGUCUCCAAAGAUUCAUCUGAAGAGGCUAUUAAUGUAGCUACUAUAAUUGUGCUUGGCCUCAGGAAGCUCCCAUACAAUUUACUCCAAGAGUUUAAGCUAUCUCUAUUGAAAUUCUUCGAACUGCAUCAUAUCCGCACUACGGCUUUCUGGGACCUGAAACAUCAUAUACUCGAACUAUAUGAUGAUGUUGCAUCAGCAGAACUUCUAUCGGGCAAAGACAUCCCUGCCAUGCUCGUAGAGCUUGAAACUGCACCCAUGAAUCUUUACUUCACUAUCUUCAAGAUUCGCGAAUUGAUUGAGUUCGAGAUGGAUUCGGUUAUCGAAAACUUCAUACGCCGCUUGGAGAUUUUAUCAAACCAACGAUACAUUCUUCUUCAAUUAUUCAGUAGGUGGAGUACAAUUGUGGAUUUAACUUUCAAUCAAUCUCAAAUGGAGCACCUACUAGAAAUUUCAUUAAAACCGGACAAUAUCGAGAUAUACAAUGAGAUAUUGAAGUACGAUGAUUUUUUCGAAGAAACCAACAUUAUCCACACACUAGUUAGAUUACUGGGGGCUAAAAUAGAACAUGCUACAUGCAGAUCCCUAUUGUGCCAGUUUCCUGUCCAGUGUAUUGGUAAAAAUGUCAGGGUUGACGUUAUCAAUCGAAUUUUGGCUCAAGAGCAAUUGCAUUCUGAUGAACCGCACUUGGUUGAGCACCUCCUCAAGAAUCCGACGUUCAAAUCAGCAAUAGAGACCGAUUGCAAAGCUCUGGCGAAAGUCAUUUCGCAGGAAUCUGACUACUAUGCACUCGAUAAUCCUCUGUUUACUACUGUAUGGGGUAAUCAUUUGAACAAUAUGAAAUCUGAGCAAUGUCAGACGUUUAUUUCAGAACUGAUAGAGUCGAUAUCAAAUGGCUUGACAGAGCAAUUUGAGUUCGCUACUUACAAACUCGCUUUUUACAUUGUUACCAGUACCCCGCAUAAAUUUGACAAGGUCAAAGAAGUGGCCCAGACCUACGUGCGUAACGUGAUGGAUAUCCUAAAGCAGCAACAAAACAUAUUGGAUAAUGUUAAAUUGUCCUCCUGGCUUAUGGGUUCUCUUUAUCGAGUUUUUUGCCAAUUUGAGUUGUCGCAGCCAAUUGAUUUUCUCCGCAGUUUUCUUCUCAGUGUGUCUCAGCAAAUGAAGGCAUGCAAUGACCAUCAGCUUUUAGAAACUAGAUUCCAACUACACUGCUUGUGCUACGAAGAUAAUUUAGAAGGACUUUUAGCAUGCUACGUGUUACUUCGAGAGAUCGGCGUGCAGAAAAACAGAUUGUUGCCCGCAGUGAGUUCUGCUGUUAAACUGAAGUCUGUUUCUGAUCACACAUCUUUUAAUCGCGCAUUUUUCUCCAUUAUCAGCUCGUUCUCAGAAUUGAGCGUUGUUCAAGCAGAAGGAGUCUUGGAGCUAUAUGGUGUGUUUGUCCCACUUUUAUCCAAAGAGAACACUAUUGGGACUAGAUUGUUUGUGCGUUCUGUGCUAGAGUUCCAUACAUAUUCUGAGAGGAUAUUGGCUCAGAAAAAGGCACUCCUGAAAGUUUUGGUACUUUACAAAGAUACAUUAGUAUCCAAGCCUUGGCUUUUUACACAAUAUGCCGUUGAAUCGUUGUUCCCCUUAUGCACGAAGUUGAAUAUCUCUAUUUGCCAUUCGGAUUACCCCGGGCAAGAUGAGGUUUUCGUGUCUUCGACUCAGUUAUUAUCCUCAGUCUUGUUAUUCCACAGGUAUAAGUUGUCGAACCGUCACCAUCUGGUUACGAGCACACUAUGCUGCUAUAUGGGACUUCUAGCAGAAAGUGAGAGAUACAGGCUCUCUGUUCUCUCGGCCAAGUCCUUUUCAAGAUUAGUGAUCAACUUCUGUGAGCCAUCACACAGUCCAAAUAACAGCAAUAAAGAUUCUUUAAAUUCGCGGGUCACUGUUGCAAAGCGCUCUCUCAGGAAAUAUUUGCCAAUAAUCCUCCUGAACUACGUGAAUAAAGUCAUAUCUCAUAAUUUCAAGGAAACCAUCAGAAAAGAGAUUACUCCAUGCAUAUUCUCCGUCUUUGAUGUCCUCUCCAGAAGUGAACUAGCUGUUAUCACCUCAAGUUUGGACAAUCCAGGAAGAGUUUACUUUAAGAAUCUCUAUGCGGAGUACCAAAAGCUAGGAAGAUGGCAUGAAGAGUAA